CGGCGGGCGGCCUGGUGGGGAAGGGGCGCGACAUCAGCCUAGCGGCCCUGCAGCGCCACGACCCCUAUAUCAACCGCAUCGUGGACGUGGCUAGCCAGGUGGCCCUGUACACUUUCGGCCAUCGGGCCAACGAGUGGUUCCCAGGUGGUGCUUGCUGCUGCUGCUGAGCUGUGAAUCAUACUUUGAGACCCACCAAACUAAGGAGAAGACUGAUGUGGAAGGAACUUUAUUUGUGUACACAAGGUCUGCUUCUCCAAAGCAUGGAUUCACCAUUAUGAAUAGGCUGAGCAUGGAAAAUAGAACAGAACCCAUUACUAAAGACCUGGAUUUCCAACUCCAGGACCCAUUCCUUCUCUACAGAAAUGCCAGAUUGUCCAUUUAUGGAAUUUGGUUUUAUGAUAAGGAAGAAUGCCAAAGAAUUGCAGAACUUAUGAAAAACCUAACUCAAUAUGAACAGUUGAAAGCCCAUCGGGGAGCUGGAGCAGGAAUCUCCCCAGUGAUGCCCAAUUCUGGAGAGGGCAAAGAAGUAGAUAUCUUAAGAAUGCUUACCAAAGCCAAAGAUGAAUACACAAAGUGUAAAACCUGUUCUGAGCCAAAACAGAUAACUAGUUCAUCUGCUAUCUAUGACAACCCCAAUCUCAUCAAACCAAUCCCAGUAAAACCCAGUGACAACCAGCAGCAGCGCAUACCUCAGCCCAACCAGACUUUAGAACCUGAACCCCAACACUUAUCCUUGACAGCUCUGUUUGGGAAGCAAGACAAAGCUACCUACCAGGAAACUAUAGAGCUCCCCCAUACUGUCCAGCAGCAACAGCAGCAGCAGCAGCAGCAAGAAAAGUUUCCAAUUAGGCAGGGAGUUGUACGCUCUCUGUCCUAUGAGGAGCCCAGAAGGCAGUCACCUCUCAUGGAGAAACAGCUCUGUCCAGCCAUUCAAAAACUCAUGGUCAGGAGCACAGACCUGCAACCACUGUCAGAGUUGCCUGAACAGAGGCCCUGUGGAAAUGGAAGCUCCCAUUCUGCUGGGGAAAUUGUUCCUGGGCCUCUCCAGCCAGGGUCUCCCCAUAACAUCAGGACUUUGCAUGCUGGACACAGUGCUUCCAGAACCCAGAACCUGUUAGAGAAGCUCCAGAGUGCCCCAGGGGCAGCAAACAAGUACAACAUUAGUACACCAGCACCUGCAAGCCCAGUUGCCCCCAACAGCAGCAGAACCUUCUCUGCUGCCACUCCCGUGACUCCAGGCAAGGGUCUAGCCCAGCCACAACUGGUGUAUUUCAAUGGCUCCCUUCCGCCUCAGAUGCCAGGACAACAGGCCCACGGAAAGGGACAGUCCACACUGCCAAGACAAAGACUCCCAGUCUCUGGCAGUCAGACGAGCAGCCCUGGGGUGAUCUCCCCUCAGGAGUUAUUGAGAAAGCUCCAGGUUGUACAGCAGGAGCAGCAGCUACAGACCUCUCACCGUCCAGCCUUGGCAGCCAAGUUCCCUGUGGUGACCCAGAGCUCUAGGACAGGGAAACCCUUGGAGUCCUGGAUCAACAAGACAUCCAGCACAGAGAAGCAGGCUCCUCUUUUGCAGGUCAUCUCACCUCAGCGCACUCCUACUACAGUGGCUCCUUCUCUGCUCAUGUCCCCCAUGGUGUUCACUCAAGCCUCCUGCACUCCACCAAGGGAGAGGGAUAAUGGACUCUUGCUCCUGGGAGGCCAAGAAUCACCUGCUGCACCCACCAGCCUCCUCCUGCCCCUGCAGAACCCAGAGCCCUCUGUGGUAGCCAGCAGCCCUCUCACCAGGCUGCAGCUCCAAGAAGCCCUGCUGUACCUAGUUCAGAAUGAUGACAACUUCUUAAAUAUAAUCUAUGAAGCCUAUCUCUUCAGCAUGACACAAGCAGCCAUGAAAAAGACUAUGUGAAAGCAAAUCAUUUUAAAAUUGAUUUCCAAGGUCCUUCUAGAACUCCAGCACAAGGUUCUUUUGUGUGAAGUGGUGUAAACUAAAAUGUUUCUGCCUUUUUUAAAAAAGUGUGUGUAAUAUGAAGUAAAACGUUUUUGUAUA